UAAACAGUUAGAGAAAUGCACUUUUUGGAAAAUGAUGAUUCAAAUGUCUUUUUCUUGUUUUUCAGAGAUGUGAAAGUAAAGGCUGGUGAAUGGUUCUUUGAAGAACGAGCAAAGAAAUAUCCAAAUGAAGGCAGGCAUGAAACAGCUGGUGCAAAGCUCUUGAAAUCUUAUCAGAAACUGAGUAAAAUUUCUGUUGUACCUCCAACUCCACCUCCUUACACUGAGUCCACAGCAGGAAGUGACGCAAAGGAACUUGGACAGUCUAAAAGUUUUAAUAAAUCUGUGGAAAACUUGUUUUUGUCUCUCACAACACACAUAAAGAAAAUCUCCAAGUCCCAGAAUGAUAUGGCUGACAGAAGUCUGCUAACGACAGAUUAUGGACAUAAUGUGGAAAGAAGGAAGCAAAGGAGGAGCCAGUCUGACACUGCCAUCAAUAUUACAAGCAGGAAGAAAAGUGUACCCAGUCUUCAAGAUCUCUUCUAUGGGGCUCAAAAUGAUAAUGAAAUUCUUACCAAAAGGAAUUGCAAGCAAGAGGAAGACAUAACAACCAGUCCCACAAGUGAUGCUGUUUUCUGUGAUGGCAGGAAACAUGGGAGUUUGUAUAGUCUUAACAGCACUUGCACUGAAUCCGGCAACUUUGGCAAAGCGAAUGUCACGGGAGAAAUCGAGUUUGCCAUAAGAUACAUCUUCAAGGCUUGCGUCUUAGAAAUUUGUAUCAGAGGAUGCAAGAAUCUGGCUUAUGGAGAGGAGAGGAAGAAAAAAUGUAAUCCGUAUGUCAAGGUUUAUUUACUUCCUGAUAAAUCUUCUCGGAGUAAGCGGAAGACAGCUGUCAAAAAGAACACAGUGGAUCCAGAAUUUGAUGAGACUUUGAAGUACAAGAUUGAGCGCUCCCAGCUGGGAAGUCGGCAGCUUCAGAUCUCUGUGUGGCAUGCAGGAGCGCUCAAGUACAGGGUGUUUUUGGGAGAAGUGGUGAUUCCAUUGGCAGCGUGGAGUUUUGAAGAUAGCUCAAUGGAAUCAUUCAACUGGUACCAGCUCCAAUCCAAGCAUGAAAAGCCUGAAGAUAAUCUUAUUCAAUACAGUGGAGAACUCCUGGUGUCUGCAAGAUUGUCGGUACCAGCCCAGUAUAAAAAUUUCCAGUUUGAAAGGUGGAUGAUGGAAGGAAAAAAAGACCAAGAAUUUUCCAACUGCCAGCUUCAGGUUAUGAUAUUUGGGGCCAGGAACUUGCCUGUGCUGAGAUCUGCUGGAAUGCUGAACUCGUUUGUUAAAGGCUGUCUUAUCCUUUCAGACCAAGCAGAGUUAAAGCAAAAGUCACCUGUGGUGAAGAAAGAAGACUGUCCUCAGUGGAAACACUUGUUUGUCUUUGAUGUUACCCCAGCUCAGCUACAGCAGUCAUGUCUACACUUGACUGUCUGGGACCAGUCAACUUGUGGCUCACAUGAUCAGUUCCUAGGGGGAGCUAAGCUUGGUGCAAAGCAAUUGCUUGGUUUCGCAGACCCCAUUUCUCCGUCAGUGCUUCAAUGGGAAGAAGUGUUCCGCAGGCCAAACACGUGGAUGGACUUUACACUUAUACUGCAUUCAAAUAUGGAAAACUUCAAAUCUUGAAUAUAAUGGCCUGCCUUCCCUUCUCAGAGGGUGGUAUUUUGGGUUGGAGUGGUGCGUAUGCAUUCUAAGCUUGGUGAAAGGAGUAUACAACAGUAUCUACUUCUGUGUUUGGGGAACUGAGUUGUAAGUUUGAAUGGUUGUGAUACUGAAGGUUUUAUUUCUCAAAAAUCUAAAGCUUUGUUAACUUAUCUUACGCUUCGCCUAGAGAUAAAGAUUAUUAUUGUUUCUCAGGAGUAACAAACUGAAAGGCAUUAUGCUGACAAGGCACUAAUAGACAGAUGGUAUGCAGCUUUCUCUUUCUGGUGAUAGAGCUACAGUUGUUCAAACACAUUCCAGAUAAGGAAUAUUGCAUAGAGAUAAAUGAUCAUUUUCUUAUUAAAAAAUAAGUUAUCAUUUCA